GCAGCCCGUGGCUUUAUUUGCCAACGCUCUCGGAGACUUACGGUAGAACUCAAGGGGAGGCGGGACUUCCGCAGCACGUAAUUCUUCACGUAGAGGGGCCGCGUGUGUAGGGAUCGUGUUGGGCUGAGGACAUGGCCAAGAGCCUGAGGAGCAAAUGGAGGAGGAAGAUGCGGGCGGAGAAGAGGAAGAAGAACGCGCCCAAGGAGCUGGAGAGGCUGAAGAGCAUCCUGCGGAACGGCGCGGACGUCGUCAUGGAGGAGGUGAAGGAGGUGGCGACCGUGCUGCCCGCCAACGAGGUCCUGGAGAAGCAGGGUGACAGCAAAAUGGAUGUAGAUAAUAAAAGAAAUAAAAAAACUCUCCUAGACCAACACGGACAGUACCCGAUAUGGAUGAAUCCCAGGCACAGAAAGAAGCUUAAGGCAGAGCGCUUAAAAGGAAAGAAAAAACCAAAGGUAGCCAAAGGCCUCGCCUGGUAGACACCAAUUUUGUGAGAUUGUGGAUAUUUUAGUUUUCAAAAUAAAUAUUCUAUACCAGCUACAUAUA